AUGGCUCUGUGCGCUGGUGUCGGAGCCAUGGCUCUACCGAGCGAGCUAAUCGUCCACAUCUUCUCCUUUCUAUCCGACCGAGACAAGCUCCGGGCCUCGGCCGUAUGCUCGCGAUGGAGGGAGUGUCUGUUCUAUCCCGCCCUGUGGACCGAACUCAAACUACGGAUAGGUGGCGGCGGCUCGAGCUCCGAGGAGACUUCGAGGUUGGAGUUCCUCAUGAGGAAGUUUGGUGCUUCCGUGCGAGAACUGCAGCUGGAACUCACUCCCCCAGAAGUGAUGGUCAGCUCCCGGAACAACGAGCCGUCCUGCACCAGAGUGGACUUACCUCCAGGUUCUGUCAACAACCCGCAACCGUCCAAGCGAUGGAGGGACGCGAUGGCUACUUACUUGGACCACGCGUUGUGUGUCUUCACCAACCUUCGCAACAACAGGAACCUGCGAAAAUUGCGUCUAUAUGGCGACACAUGUGCUCUCCAACAGGAGGGGCUCUUAGACAACUCCAACCUACUCCAGAUUCAUGAGGGCCACAAGAAAAUAAAUGAGAUCCAACGGUUGUUCAGAGAGUUGUUGUCUCACAGCAGGCAGCUCCGAUGGUUGUCCUGUAGCUUUAUGCUUGGUCUGGUGACACCCUCCUCCUUAGCAUGCCUAUCGAAUCCUUCCUCUGAGACCUUGCAGCAUCUCAGCUUGCUGGAUCACCAGCUUGGUCCAUUCAUCUCACCAUCUGAGUUGGACCGUCUUUCUUCUCUUCACUCUCUGGCUCUUGAUUACUCCGAUCUGACAUCUGAGCUCUGUGGCCUGUUGGCAUCGCCCCACCGAACGCCACUGCAUCGUCUUUCUCUGCUGCUAAAUGGCACCACCCUGGAGGUCAAGUCAUUAGAAGGGACAGCCACAGAAGAUGAUUGGAAGGCGCUGGUACGUGUUAGUGCCAACCUGCGAGUGUACAUCAUGGUUGUGGAGGUCAGCAGCUCCGAGCUCCUUAGAGUGCUGAAGCCGAGCCUUCCACUGGAGCGCAUCCACCUGGACAGUUACAACACACUUGUGACCGACGCAGCCCUGGAGCUUAUUGCUCAGCAAUACAACAAAACACUGACACACUUCAUUUUACUGAGGGAUGACCCAGAGUUCCCAGACCUCAAUGUCAAUCGCAAUGAAGAUCCAUUGGUCCUCUUGGCUUGGAGAUGUACUCAGUUGGCCGUUCUUGUAAUUCACGGCUACACUGUGUGGUCUCACAACUUGGUAGCAAUCUCUCGGCUGCGCGGAGCCAGUCUUCGUGUCCUGACUGUGUCUGAUGAGAGCAUCGAAUUCCACCCGGACGAGCCACUGUAUCUGCAUGGUGAUCCACUUCAUAACCUGGUCAAAGAGGUCUCAUUGGGCCUUGGUCGAGUGUGGCACCCAUGUUUGGAUUACAGUCUUGUUUUGAUUGAGCACACCCACCACUUCCAUCAAGAGCUGCAUGCCUUCAGCCUGGAUAUGUUAAUUCUGGUCAGCCAGCCCAUCGGAAGGAGCGGUGACGGCAGGCUCACUCUUGGUCUCUGUGAGACUGGCUAG